GUUCGGACGCGUCCAUACCCCUCGCCUCGGUUAUCCCCAUCGCCACCCAUCGCCCUCGCCUCUACCUUCGGCCGAUCCCCGUACACUGUUCUAUACUUCUCUUUCUCUCCCACCACCAUCUCCUCAGCAGUUCACCGCGAGAUCGCCACGCCCGACGAUGCCCGCGACGGAGAGCACGCAGACCCUCCACCCCCCGCGGCUGGCCUCCAUUUUUGCCGGGUCGCCCAGUGCGCCCGGCACGCCUGUGCACUCCAUCCAGACGAUGCGCAGGAAGGCCGCCGGUCACUCGGGCCCAUUGACGAAGAUCUUGGUCGCGAACCGUGGUGAAAUUGCCAUCCGUGUGUUCCGCACUGCGCACGAGCUUGCGCUGCACACAGUGGCUAUCUACUCCUACGAAGACAGGCUGUCUGCGCAUCGCCAGAAGGCAGACGAAGCCUACCAAGUCGGCAAGGGCCUCACGCCCGUAGGCGCGUACCUCGCGCAGGAAGACAUCAUCCGCAUCGCGCUCGAGCAUGGCGUCGACAUGAUCCACCCGGGAUAUGGCUUCCUAUCAGAGAACGCAGAGUUCGCUCGUAAGGUCGAGCAGGCGGGCCUGUCUUUCGUGGGCCCUAGCCCGGAGGUCAUUGACCACCUCGGCGACAAGACGAAGGCGAGGACGAUUGCCAUCCAGAUUGGCGUGCCCGUCGUUCCCGGUACUCCCGGACCCGUAGGGUCCUUCACAGAUGCGGAUGCGUUCAUCCAAGAGUACGGUUUCCCUGUGAUCAUCAAGGCCGCCAUGGGUGGCGGAGGCCGCGGUAUGCGUGUCGUGCGCGAGCAGUCUGACUUCGCAACCUCCUUCGAGCGCGCCGUCUCGGAGGCCAAAUCUGCGUUCGGCGAUGGCACCGUCUUCAUCGAGCGCUUCCUCGAGCGCCCGCGGCACAUCGAGGUGCAGCUGCUCGCGGACGCGCAGGGCAACACCGUGCACCUGUUCGAGCGCGACUGCUCCGUGCAGCGCCGCCACCAGAAGGUCGUCGAGGUCGCGCCCGCGACACACCUCCCUGAGGAGGUCCGCCAGGCAAUCCUCGCGGACGCGAUCAAGCUUGCGAGGAGCGUGGGUUAUAGGAAUGCGGGCACAGCGGAGUUCUUGGUCGACCAGAUGGGGAGACAUUAUUUCAUUGAAAUCAACCCGCGUAUCCAGGUCGAGCACACCAUCACUGAGGAAAUCACGGGCAUCGACAUCGUCGCUGCGCAAAUCCAGAUCGCGGCGGGCGCGACGCUCCCGCAGCUCGGCCUGACGCAGGAGGCGAUCACGAAGCGCGGGUUCGCCAUCCAGUGCCGUGUCACGACUGAGGAUGCUGCGCAGAACUUCCAACCCGACACCGGAAAGAUCGAGGUGUACCGCAGUGCGGGUGGUAAUGGUGUGCGUCUGGACGCGAGCUCCGGCUUUGCUGGUGCGCAGAUUACGGUGACCCACUACGACAGCUUGCUUGUGAAGGUCAGUGUCAGCGGCACGACCUAUGAGGUUGCCAGGAGAAAAAUGCUCCGUGCUCUCGUUGAGUUCCGUAUCCGCGGCGUUAAGACGAACAUUCCUUUCUUGCUGCGUCUCCUGACCCACGAUGUCUUCAUCGGCGGCAAGACCUGGACAACUUUCAUCGACGACACGCCCGAGCUCUUCAAGCUCGUUCAGAGCCAGAACCGUGCCCAAAAGCUGCUCUCCUACCUCGGCGACCUCGCAGUCAACGGCUCCUCCAUCGCAGGCCAGCAAGGCGAGCCCGGUCUCAAGGACGACGUGGUCGUCCCGCCGUUCCAGAACCGCGAGGACCCGAGCGGGCCGCCGCUCGACGCGUCGCUGCCGUGCGAGCAGGGCUGGCGCAACAUCAUCGUCGAGCACGGGCCCGAGGCGUUCGCGAAGGCGGUGCGCGAGUACCCCGGGGUGCUCAUCAUGGACACGACGUGGCGCGAUGCGCACCAGAGCUUGUUGGCGACGAGGCUGCGCACGAUCGAUAUGGUGAACAUCGCGAAGGAGACGAGCUAUGCGCUGGCGAAUGCGUUCAGCUUGGAGUGCUGGGGUGGUGCGACGUUUGACGUUGCGAUGCGGUUCUUGUACGAGGACCCGUGGGAGCGCCUGAGGACACUGAGGAAGCUGGUGCCGAACAUCCCUCUGCAGGCCCUCGUCCGUGGCGCCAACGGUGUUGGUUACACUAGCUACCCCGACAACGCCAUUUACGACUUCUCCAAGAAGGCUGUCGAGAACGGUUUGGAUAUCUUCCGUGUUUUCGACUCCCUCAACUACAUUGACAACUUGAAGCUUGGUAUCGACGCUGCCAAGAAGGCCGGUGGUGUCGUCGAGGCGGCUGUCUGCUACAGCGGCGAUGUUGCAGACCCAAAGAAGACGAAAUACACGCUCAAGUACUACCUCGACUUCGUCGACGAGCUGGUCGCGGAGGGCAUCCACAUCCUGGGCAUCAAGGACAUGGCGGGCAUUCUCAAGCCCCACGCAGCGAACUGCGCCGACGUCGUCGACGUCGCCAUCGACAGCAUGUCUGGAUUGACGUCUCAGCCGCCCAUGGGUGCAGUGUGCGCUGCCCUUGAUCAGACUGGCUUGGGAACUGGUAUCCGCUACGCUGACAUCCAGGCGCUCAACCUUUACUGGAGUCAGGUGCGCAUGCUCUAUGGCUGCUUCGAGGCGAAUGUUCGUGCCUCGGACUCGAGUGUGUUCGACCACGAGAUGCCGGGAGGGCAGUACACGAAUCUGAUGUUCCAGGCGGCCCAGCUCGGCCUGGGCACCCAGUGGACGGAGGUCAAGAAGAAGUACAUCGAGGCGAACGAGCUUGUCACGCCAACGUCGAAGGUUGUUGGGGACUUCGCGCAAUGGAUGGUAUCCAACAAGCUCCCGAAGGAAGAAGUCCUCGAGCGCGCAGACCAGCUCGACUUCCCAUCUUCGGUCGUCGAGUUCUUCCAAGGAUACCUUGGCCAGCCUGUCGGAGGGUUCCCAGAACCGUUCCGGUCGAAGGUCAUCAGGAACAAGCCCAGGAUCGAUGGCAGGCCCGGCGCGAACCUGCCUCCUAUUGACUUCAGGAAGACGAAGGCGGAGUUGCGCAGCAAGUUUGGCAAGCACAUCACAGAUGCGGACGUCACGUCGUACAUCAUGUACCCGAAGGUGUUCGAGGACUACCAAGGCUUCGUUACGAGAUACGGUGACCUGAGUGUGAUCCCUACCCGUUACUUCCUGGGUCGCCCCGAAAUCGGCGAGGAGAUGUACAUCUCCAUUGAGAAGGGCAAGACGCUCAUUAUUCGUCUGAUGGCUGUUGGUCCUGUCGUCGAGGGUCGUGCGCAACGUGACGUCUGGUUCGAGGUCAACGGAGAAGUCCGUGCGGUUUCCGUCGAGGACAAGAACUCUGCAGUCGAAACUGUCUCGCGCGAAAAGGCUACUUCUGACCCGGGCUCUGUUGGCGCACCGAUGUCAGGUGUCGUUGUUGAGGUCAGAGUCAAGGAGGGCGCUGAGAUCAAGAAGGGUGACCCUAUGGAGUCCGCCGUCACGGCGCCUGUGUCUGGUCAUGUGAAGCGCAUCCUCAUACGCGAAGGGGACUCUAUUAACCAGGGCGACCUCGUUGUCGAAAUUUCUCACUAAGCGCUUCGGGCGUCCUCGCAUUUUGCAUCAUCGCGUUGUGUCUAGUAGUGUACGAAUGUUGUAGAAGUAAACGCAAACUGCUGUCAUAAAUACAAUCAAGUUGCUUCCCCGAU